AUGGCGUUCUACCAGGAUAUGCCAUGGCAUGAAGGCGAGGAGCAGAUGCAAAGGGCCAUGAAAGUGCCAUCUCUGGAUAACCCGACCGUGCCAACGCUCUCGCCACAGCUAUCUAACCAUCUGAAGAUAGCUCCGACUAUUGCCAUAGGGACUCUCGACAAAGAAGGAAGACCAUGGACCACGCUGUGGGGAGGCGAGAAGGGCAUGUCUCAGUCGUUGGGUGGCGGGAUUAUAGGAAUCAAGACGGCCGUCACAGGCAAGUACGAUCCGGUGGUGGAAGAGCUCGUGGGCAAGGAAGCUACUGGGGAGGUAGUGCGAGAGGAAGGCAAAGGAAGGAUGGUCGGCGGACUCACGAUUGAUCUCGCUACCAGGAAACGAGUAAAGCUUUUUGGCCGCAUGAUCGCUGGAGCUUUGAGUGAGCGCGAGGACGAGAUCACUGGCCACAAUGACUCUGUUGCCGAAGUCCAGCUUGUGCUUAGAAUCGAGCAAAGUCUUGGAAACUGCCCUAAGUAUCUGAACAGUCGACGGAUUACUCCCACAUUUGCACAUCCGGAGCUGGUCUACGAUGCUCCAGAUUUGAAUCCCCAGGCCAUUAAGCUGAUUGAGAAAGCUGACCUAUUCUUCAUGUCGACCGUACGACCAGACCAGGAUAUGGACACAAACCAUCGUGGCGGACCAGCAGGAUUUCUGCGAGUGCUUGCAGAUGGCACUUCGGAAAAGCCCGCCGCUGUAGUAUGGCCAGAAUACUCUGGCAACCGAUUCUAUCAGUCCCUUGGGAAUAUGGCAGUGCAUCCGUACUGCGGCAUUUGUGUACCUGAUUUCGAAACAGGUGAUAUGCUGUAUUUUACGGGCAAAAUUGAGAUACUCGUUGGCAAAGAUGCUGGUACCCUACUGCCAAAGUCGAACCUGUGUGUCAAGCUCACUAUCACAUCAGCGAGAUUCGUUGCUGCUGCUCUGCCUUUCCGAGGUGUACUCAGCUCGCGCUCGCCGUACAAUCCGCAAGUGCGAUAUCUAUCCACCGAGAAGGCACCCGCAUAUGCCCAAGGUCAGACGUCAAGACAGCAGGCUACACUACUCUCGCAGACGAAGCUCACUCCCACGAUCUCGCGCUUUCGCUUUGACCUACAGAAUGCGGCAACAUACACCGCAGGCCAAUAUGUCACCCUCGACUUUUCCGACCACCUCGACAUCGGGUACAGCCACAUGCGCGAUGAUGAUCCCAGAUCCAUCAACGACGAUUUCGUUCGAACAUUCACAGUCUCAAGUCCUCCUGGCAUACCACCUCGCCCUGCUCGGCGGUUAAAGGAUGACGAGUUAGAAAUCACGGUACGGAACGUCGGAGUCGUGACAGAUUGGCUGUUCAGACAUGCUCCAGCCGAAGGUGACGACAGGUCGAGAGCUGGUGACCUUGAGAUCGGAGUCAAGGGAUUCGGCGGAGAUUUCGAAGUCAAGCAGGAAGAUGAUGAGACAGUCUGCUAUAUCGCUGCUGGUGUUGGCAUUACACCGUUACUACCAUCUCUAGGAGGCUCGUUGGACUAUGAGAGGCUAAGAGUACUCUGGACCCUGCGUGCAAGUGACCUGAACAUGGCGGCAGAGUUAUUAAAGGAAAGUCCAGAAUUGGCCAAAGCUCUUACGUUGUUCGUGACUGGCGCGACAGGUUCUAGUGAAGAGCAGGCCAUAGCAAAGCUGCGUACCGCUGGAGCGAAAGUUGAACUGCGCAGAUUGCUGGAAGAUGAUGUUGUCAAGGCCGUAGAUGUCAAGAAGUACUACCUAUGCACUAGCGUACCGAUGCGAAAGCAGCUCAUGGAAUGGCUACCUAGCAAGGAACUCAUCUUCGAAGACUUCAACUUCUGA